AUGUUUAGACUUAUAUCUCGAGUUGGAAUACGUAAUUAUCCAAAACAGUUAUCUUUAAUCCACAGACCAACACAAUUUACUUUUAAAUCAUUUCAUACUACUCCAAUAAACCUUCAUGGACAUCUCAAGAAACCAAACCCUGGUGAAGAAUUAAAAAUUACAUUUAUAACUAAAGAUGGUAAACAAUUAACUUAUGAAGUAGCUGAAGGUGAUAAUAUUUUAGAUAUUGCUCAAGCUCAUAAUUUAGAUAUGGAAGGUGCAUGUGGUGGAUCUUGUGCUUGUAGUACAUGUCAUAUUAUUGUUGAUCCUGAAUAUUAUGAUGAAAUACCUGAACCUGAUGAUGAUGAAAAUGAUAUGUUGGAUUUAGCAUUUGGUUUAACUGAAACUUCAAGAUUAGGUUGUCAAGUUAAGAUGUCUAAAGAAUUAGAUGGUAUUAGAGUAGCAUUACCUGCUAUGACAAGAAACUUACAAUCAAGAGAUUUUAACAAAUAA